UGCUAUUCUCUUCUUAUUUCUUGUAACUUCAUUUAGGAUUCCUAAUUUCCAAGUUAACUUAGAUCCUUGCUUUGUUUUUUCAUUGGACUUCUCAAACCUUUUGCUUUUCUUUUUCUUCUUCUUCUUUUUAAAGUUUCAUUUUGUCUGUUUAAAUAGUUUUGCUACUCUUAAUUCAAACAACAAAGCAAUUCAACAUGAGCAAACUUUGGGUUUUUCUUACUCAUCUUCACUCUGUUCUUGGGCCAGUGGUAAUGCUGCUGUAUCCCUUGUAUGCGUCAGUGAUGGCUAUAGAGAGCCCAUCAAAAGAAGAUGAUGAGCAAUGGUUGGCAUAUUGGAUCUUGUACUCUUUCCUCACCCUUACUGAGAUGGUAUUGGAGCCUUUGCUUGAAUGGAUACCAAUUUGGUACACGGUGAAGUUGUUGUUGGUGGUGUGGCUGGUGUUACCCCAAUUCAGAGGGGCAGCAUUUAUUUACCAAAAGUUCGUUCGGGAAAAUAUUAGAAAGUAUGCUAUCAAAGAUUAUAAAGGGUUUAAUGCCAAGGUAAAGGUUAAGUGAAGGUUUAAUUACAUCAACCAUGCUUAAGGAAAGUGAAAUCGAGACCACUUAAUGAAAGAAGGGUGAAAACUAAAGACUAAGCUAGCUAGGAUGUUUAUUUUAAUGUAUCGAACUAGUUAGAGUGAAGGGUUUCGUUUUCUUCAAUUUGUAAUGGACUUUUACCUUUGUCUUCUUUUAUGUUACGAGCCACUAUCUUUUACACUUUCCCUUUUACGAUAAUAUUAACAUAUA